GCCUUGCCAUGCCCCGCAGCUGACCUUCAAGUCGUGUAGCCCGCUACUGUCGCCGGUGCCGGCGCGUCAGCCGUGGAGCUAGACGCCGGCGGCACCUAGGGGAUGUCCUCGGUCGGGGGCCCGCGUCCGGCGGCAGGGGAGCAGCCGGGAGCUGCUAGACUGCACUUGCGGGCGGCGGGCGGCGCGCUGCUGCUUUGCGGGCUGGCGGUCCUGCUGGGCUGGGUUUGGCUGCGGCGGCAGCGCGCAUGCGGCAUCCCUCCAGGGCCCAAGCCUCGGCCACUCGUGGGUAACUUCGGGCACUUGCUGGUGCCGCGCUUCCUGCGGCCGCAGUUCUGGCUGGGCUCGGGCAGCCAGACGGACGCGGUGGGCCAGCAUGUGUCCCUGGCCAGGAUGGCCCGUGUCUAUGGCAACAUCUUCAGCUUCUUCAUCGGCCACCGGCUGGUGGUGGUCCUCAACGACUUCCACAGCGUGCGCGAGGCGCUAGUGCAGCAGGCCGACGUGUUCAGUGACCGCCCGCGGAUGCCGCUCAUCUCCAUGAUGACCAAGGAGAAGGGAAUCGUGUUUGCACACUACGGUCCAAUUUGGAAACAGCAGAGGAGAUUCUCCCAUUCGACACUUCGUCAUUUUGGUCUGGGCAAGCUUAGCCUGGAGCCCAAGAUCAUCGAGGAGUUCACGUACGUGAAGGAGGCCAUGCAGAGGCACGGCGAGGCCCCCUUCAGCCCCUUCCCGGUCAUCGGCAAUGCCGUCUCCAACAUCAUCUGCUCCCUGUGUUUUGGCCAGCGCUUCGAUUACACCAACCAGGAGUUUAAAAGGGUGCUGGAUUUCAUGUCUCGGGGGUUAGAAAUCUGCCUGCACAGCCAGCUCUUCCUGAUCAACAUAUGCCCCUGGUUUUACUACCUUCCCUUCGGGCCAUUCAAGGAACUGAGGCAAAUCGAAAGGGACAUAACCUGCUUCCUUAAAAACAUCAUCAAAGAGCACCAGGAGUCUCUGGAUGCCAGCAACCCUCAGGACUUCAUAGACAUGUACCUUCUGCACAUGGAGGAAGAGAAGAAAGGCGGCAGGUGCAGCAGCUUCGACGAGGACUACCUGUUUUACAUCAUUGGGGACCUCUUCAUCGCCGGCACUGACACAACCACCAACUCUCUGCUUUGGUGCCUGCUCUACAUGUCGCUGAAUCCCGACGUGCAAAAAAAGAUUCAUGAAGAAAUUGAAAGGGUCAUCGGUUGUGACCGCGCACCUUCCCUCACAGACAAGGCGCAGAUGCCAUUCACAGAAGCCACCAUCAUGGAGGUACAGCGGCUGUCCAUGGUGGUGCCUCUUGCCAUUCCUCACAUGACCUCGGAGAAAACAGUGCUCCAAGGGUACACUAUUCCUAAAGGCACAGUGGUCCUACCCAACCUGUGGUCAAUACACAGAGACCCAGCCAUUUGGGAGAAGCCCGAUGACUUCUGUCCUCACCGAUUUCUGGAUGACCAAGGACAACUUUUGAAAAGAGAAACUUUUAUUCCUUUUGGGAUAGGGAAGCGAGUGUGUAUGGGAGAACAGCUGGCAAAGAUGGAGUUAUUCCUGAUGUUCGUGAGCCUGAUGCAGAGUUUUACCUUUGCUUUACCCGAGGGUUCCGAGAAGCCCAUCAUGACUGGAAGAUUUGGUCUAACCUUGGCCCCACACCCUUUUAAUAUAACCGUCUCCAAGAGAUGAAGAAGCCCUGAGAAGAGAGGAGGGGCCCCGCCCCACGUGCUGGUCCCAGACGGUCCUCCUGUUGCUGCCGAGCAUAGGCCUAGCAGUUCAGCACAGCCAGGAGAGGCUCCAGACCUGGAGGGGACGGGGGUCAGGCCAUGGAGGUCUCCUCAGCAGGACCCCUCCAGUGGCUGCUGCCCACCGUCCACAGGGAAGCAUGGACACUCCGGUCAGUUGUGUGGAUCCCAUCCGGAAGCAGAGCUUCUCAUCUCUCAGCCUUAGUCAUCCUGUGGUAAAAUGAGGUAAUGAAAUUUCCCUCGACUCUGAGGAGGACUGAACGCUUCAUGAAGUCUGUGCUGUUUCAGAUGCUGGGCAGUGCAGUAGAUCUGUCUUCAGAGCUCCCGAGGCCCCUGACAACAUUGAGGUGUCAGCAUGGACACGUGGUCAGAGAGGGAUGCAGGUCUAGGUCAUAUCGAGGUGGACCUUCUUUUCCUUUCUUUCUUUUUUUCUUUUCUUUUUUGUUUUUGUUUUUUUGUUUUUUGUUUUUUGGGGGGUUUUUUGGUUUUUUUUGUUUUUUUUUGUUUGGUUUUUUUCAAGACAGGGUUUCUCUGUGUAGCCCUGACUGUCCUGGAACUCACUCUGUAGACCAGGCUGGCCUCGAACUCAGAAAUCUGCCUGCCUCUGCCUCCCAGGUGCUGGGAUUAAAGGCGUGUGCCACCACCACCCGCUUCUUUUCCUUUCUUUAGACAUCCUCUUGAGGCUAUUGGCCACCCGUGUGUCUGCUGUCUGUAGCCACGUGAGCGCGGAGCCUGGCUGCACAAUCCUGGUUCGCCCUGCACCCUGCGUAGGAAUGCAGAGCUCCUGGUGGCUGGGGGAGCCUUGGAUGCUGGGCUGGGGAGUGUGAUGAUGAAGUUGUAGGAUUGGUCCAGAAGGGACGUCUCACUCAAGUGAUUCAGAACCCUCCUCUCCUGCUGUGCCAUCAGCCAUAGUGUGACUGACUUACUCUUGGAGCGCUCUGAUGACUCCUCCAAUGGUCACAUGGAAAUGGCAGACUACUGUUUAUAUAGUUAUAUUCUUUAGCUGCCAGGGGUGAGGAUGAUUAAUGGCAAAGCCAGCCCACAGCCAACAGUGUGCAUCUCAGUGUGCCUGUGUCUGGCCUCUCCCUCUGGUCUCCCCUAGAACUAUGAAGAAACCAUGGUAAUGCGGAGCCUUUCUUAGAAAGGUGCUGUACGGAGUGCUUUUAUUUAUGUGUAAUCCUUACAUUAAGGGAGCUGAGGCUUUCCAGUGCUAAGGCCCGUAAUUAAAGAGUGCCAUCACUGGUCUAUAAGCCGCUUGGCCUUGUGACUGGAAAUCGCGUUCUGAGCCCUACCUCAGUAUUGCCCCACAUGGUCCUAAAGCCUCCAUCGCCUGUACCCCUCCUUGUCCCAGUUGACUCCUUGGACCAGGCUCCACACUGCUGCUCUCUCGUCAUGCCGGAUUCUUGGUGGAUGCCCGGGUGACUUGGGAGUGAGCUAGGGAAAGCUAUUAAGGGGAGAAGUGGUAUAUUACAGUCAGUCCAGGAUGGCUUUAAAGGUCCUGCCUGAUUAAGCCAGUGUUUAAAACUGAACUCGACUUUUGUUUAUCAUUUGAAGUAACCAUUUUAGGCAAAUUUAGGAUGAUGCCUUAGCUGCCAAACAACACAGAAGGAAAGCUUCCAGCAGCACCCACAGCACCCACCUGCUGCACCCACAGCACCCACAGGCUGUACCCACAGGCUGCAUCCACAGGCUGCAUCCACAGCACCCACAGGCUACACCCACAGGCUGCAUCCAGAGCACCCACAGGCUGCACCCACAGCACCCACAGGCUGCACCCACAGGCUGUAUCCACAGGCUGCACCCACAGGCUGCAUCCACAGCACCCACAGCACCCACAGGCUGCAUCCACAGCACCCAUAGGCUGUACCCACAGCACCCACAGGCUGCAUCCACAGCACCCACAGGCUGCACCCACAGGCUGCACCCACAGGCUGCUUGCUGAGGUACCCAGUCAAACUCUUAAAUACUUACUGAGGGAAAAAACAGCUGCUGAAUAAAAACCUAAAAUGAGUAAAAAGGAAAAUAUGGAAUAUUGUAAAAACCAGGUAUUGAUUAAUUUUUGAGUCUAUAUUCUUUAUAUUAUCUACCAUUCUGUUUUCCUUUUCAUAAAUUAUAAUUGCUUUCAAAAUAGAGGAAUGGGAUGCAGGCGAAUCUUGAGGUUCCCUGAAGACUGUUUGGGCCAGCACACUAAAGAAGAGGGCCCGAGGAUGCACACACUGUGGAUGAGGUGCAUGAAUGGGCCACCCUGCUUGCUGGGCUGGGCAGGCCGCUUGUCCUGAGCUGACCUCCACGUGUGCAGGCCCCUCACCCCUUGACUCGCACAUGGGUUUCUGGACCUAACCAAAGAUUUCACCUCAUACUUGAAAAGGACUUCUGCCUUCUCUGAGAUGACAUCAGAAUCCUACGUUUAUCCAGCAGUUUUAACGCCGUGCCUCAAGCUAUAAACCCCUUUACCCACUGCUGCAGGGGACCGCACUUUUUCUGAGCCUACUGCUAUUUGACGGUUUUGCACUUCAUAAUUCAUCUGAAAUGUGAACUUUACUGUAGCCAGUUUUCUAAUUCCGAGGUCUGGACCUCGUCUGUAAUGGAGCUCUCAGUGAUCCUAUUAAAUCUCUUAUUUUAGUGCA